CGUGAGGUGUGUGUGCUGCAGUUUAUGAACACCGUGUGUCGCUCGCCUCUCCCAUGUAUCGAUCGCUGGCAGCGGUGACGUCAUUCUCAUAAAGACCGGCGCCGGGGUUGUAACGGCACGCUCAAGAUGCGGGAUGGAUGGACGGUGGAGUCGUGCGUGACUGCUGAAUUGGUGAUGUCAUCUUAAACAAAUCACGUGAAAUCAAUUAUAUGAAUAAAUUAAAAACAAAAAUUGGAAGUGUCGACUUCGUAUAGAUAGAACAAAUAGGAGAGAGCUAGAGAGAGAGAAAGAAAGAGAGAACUUUAGUGUGUCACACCGAGCAGCAGAAAGCACAAAGCAAGCAGAGGCAGACGGAGGCAACUGGGCAGCGGGUCUCGAAUCGUUCAGCGCGAGCAGAUAUUACCGAAGCAGCAGCUACGGAUCCCGAGCGGUGUGAUGGCGGCACUGACAGGAGGGGAAAUGUGUGUGAAAUACCUCAUGUUCGCCUUCAAUUUCAUCUUCUGGUUGGCAGGCUCAGCUGUGUUUGCGGUUGGACUCUGGCUCCGCUUUGACUCCAAAACCAAAGGCUUGUUUGAAGGAGAGGGCUCGCCGUCUGUCUUCUUCACAGGUGUGUAUAUUCUGAUUGCUGCAGGAGCUCUGAUGAUGGUGGUUGGUUUCCUGGGUUGCUGUGGAGCCAUUCAAGAAUCACCCUGCAUGCUAGGACUGUUCUUCUUCUUCCUGCUGGUCAUCUUUGCCAUGGAGGUGGCUGCAGGAAUCUGGGGCUUCUCCAAUCAGAGCAAGGUGGUGGAUGAUAUCACUCAGUUUUACAGGCAGACCAUUCAAAACUACAAAGAGCACCGCCAGGAGGCCCUGAAGAAGACUCUCAUUCUCAUACAGCAUGGGCUGAACUGCUGUGGUCCGUCUGGUGGUUCGUUUGAGUUGGACACUGAGACCUGUCCCAAGAGGCAGGGCCUGGAUGAAUUCAUCACCAAGAGCUGCCCCGACGCCAUCGACGAAGUCUUCAACUCCAAACUCCACAUCAUCGGCGGAGUGGGCAUCGGCAUCGGGGUUGUCAUGGUCUUUGGGAUGCUCUUCAGCAUGAUGCUCUGUUGUGCCAUCAGAAAAACUCGUGAGAUUGUGUGAAGGGGGUCGUCACCGUAGAUACGACCUCAGCAUUUGUGUUGCAUGAUGUCUGUCCUGAAGCACUGAAUCAUGACCUCAUCUGUGGGGAAGCCAAUUGGAUCACGGCAACAGCCACACAGUGAGCCAAUCAGGUUUGUCGUAUCAGCGUUCCGCAGGUGGGCAGAGAUUGCACUUCUGUGCCAAUCAUUAGCUGUUUUAGGGUCAAACCCCGCCCACCUGAGCAAAGCUGGUUCACUAAUACCUGCACCUGAUUGGUUGGAACUCACAUCCUUCUCUGAAUGCUGCAAUUUGAUUGGAGUCCUGAGUCCAUAGUUUCUAUGUAAAUUAUAUUUCUCUGCACAUUGUGAGCGCCUUUGAGUUUGACUCUUUUAUAACUUUUUUUCCUUUUGUGUUUUAUAUCAAUCAUGAGGUAUUUUUAAAACAAACAUGUACGAAUUGUGUUAUACAUCGUGUUUUUCUUAUAUAAUUAUGAACUUUAUACAUAUUCUAUCUUAUCUAACUUGUUUUCUUGCGCACCUAAUUCUGUCAGAAGAAUAAAUCAUGUCUGACCACAA